UAUCGGCAAGUGGAUCAGCGAGUUCGAGGACAGCGCAAAAGCUUACGGGUACGAUGAGGCAAAAUUCUUAAUCGCGCGACGAUUGCUCACUGGCAGCGCCCAGAUAUUGCUACGCAUAGGCAACAUCGACGGGUGAAAAAAACUUAAACAGCAACUCAUGGAUGAAUUCAAAAGGCCGCUAAGUGUCAAAGACAUCUUCCGUCAGUUGGAAACGCGCGUUUGGGAAAAAUCAGAAACCCUUACGAAUUACGUUCUGAGCAUGCAAGAGCGUGCUCAGUCAGCACCAAUCGAAGAAUACGAAUUGGUGGAAUUCAUCAUUGACGGGCUAAAAGCACUGAUUUUUAGCGGAGUGACGACGAUCGAAAAAUUUAAGAAGUUGAUACCACAAUACGAAAGGCUCCGGGCAUCAACCGAGAAGAAAGUGAGCGCACCAAACUCCAUUGGCGACAUGUCAGCAGUAAGAUGCUACAACUGUUCGCGCUAUGGGCACUACUCCAAGGACUGCGCAGAGAAAAGACGAGCACCCGGGUCUUGUUUUAAGUGUGGAGCGAAGGAGCACCAGUACAGGAACUGCCCCGUCAAGACUGUGGCAGCAUUGGACGACGACGGCGACUUUAGUUCUGUACACUUUAAGGAAAAGCGGUAGCCCUUGUAGUUUCAUCCGACAGUCGUGCAUCCCAGGUACAGCAAAAUACAGUAGAAGUGUGCGUGUAUUUAGUGGGCUCGGGAGAGUUAAAGUGAAUCCGGAAGGGAGCGUAUUUGUUCUUAUUAAAUUUAAAAACAUUGUUAAACCGUUAAAGGUCUACGUACUCACCGAUAACGAAAUGCCUUUUCUACUAUUGUUAGGAAGUGACUUCUUAAAUACUUUUUCCAUACGUUUGUACGUUAACAAUGAAUUGCUCUACUCAAAUAAACAGACUACAUAUAAACUAGAAAACGAA